CAUAAUUCUGCGUAUCCCUUUCCCUUGCACCCAGAAAAAAAAUCUCCUUUCAAAUAUUUUUCUUACUUAUAAACCCUCCCUCCCCUGCUUUCUUCUCCUCUCACAAGAACAGCUUAAAAAACACAGCUCUCCCCUGUUCUCUUGUCUUGGCCUCUCUCUGUUCCAAAUUCUCUCAAAUUCACUCCGCAGAAUCUAGCAGCAAUAUUUCAUCUUCAUCAACAGCUUCAUUUGGAAUUUUCUUUAUCUUCCUUCGCCCUGCUUGCUCUCUCUCUUUCUGAAUAUUGAUUAGCAAGUGAAAAGUGAGAUGGGGUUGCUCAAGAUUUGACGCUUGUGGUAUCCGAUUCUGUUUUUACUUCACUCGGAUUACCUAUUAAAUUCCAGACCAGAUUUUUAGAAUCUUUUGAACAUAUUUGGAUCUGUUUCUUUCUUGUCUAUCUGUUUUUCUGAUACAUUUGAUUCCUAUCUACUCUUCCAUUUGCUUGGUGACCCAUCUCGAAAUCUCCAUAAUUCAUUUGCUUAUAAAAUCUUUAGAGAGAGCAAGCAGGAUAGUUAUCUUUACCAUAAUGGCUGCAGCUAAAAAUAACACAGAAAAAUCCAAGAAGGUUGUUGAUGAAACUGAGAGGAUGACGAGGCAAGAUUGGGAGCUUGACAGGGGCAACAAGGAAGUUGAUCUUAGCUUCAUUGAGAGUCAGCAAUGGAAGCCAGUUUUUGGUGAAGCCUCCAUGGCAGAAAGGCCUCUCAGAAAGAUUCAGAGCCCUGAACACCAAGGCCCAAUUCAUUUCUCUGCAUCUUCAGCACAUCAAUCCGCACCUUCUUUCUCUGUUUCUCCUAGCUCUGCCUCUGCUCUUUCUUUACAUCCACCUUCUUCUUCUGCCUCGUCUUCUAGUUCGAGACAUCUAUUUCCUUUUGCUUUUGAAGGGUGUAAUCAACCUAUUCAAUUCCCCCACCAAUUCAGAACAAACCCUUCCAUGCCUUAUUUCCGUCCACCACAACAAGGGGCACAAAAUCAACAACAAAUGAUUUCUUUUGCUCAAAACCAGCAGCAAGGCAUCUCUUAUCCUCCGCUUUUUGCUGGAGAAUUUGCAUUGGCAAAGCAACGGCAGCAGCAGCAGAUGUUACAAUAUUGGAAUGAUUCACUGAACUUAAGUCCAAGAGGAAGGAUGAUGAUGAUGAAUAGGCUGGGCCCAGACGGAAGGCCAUUGUUUAGGCCACCGGUUCAGCUUCAGCCCAUAAACACAACAAAGCUUUACAGGGGAGUGAGGCAAAGACAUUGGGGUAAAUGGGUAGCUGAGAUUCGUCUCCCCCGUAAUAGGACUCGGCUUUGGCUAGGCACGUUUGACACAGCUGAAGAUGCUGCCAUGGCUUAUGAUCGCGAGGCUUUUAAGUUGAGAGGAGAGAAUGCAAGGCUAAAUUUCCCUGAACUUUUCCUCAAUAAGGAUAAAGCAAUCUCCACUGCUACAACUGCAGCAGUUUCGUCUCCUCCAACUCCCAAUAAAAGUUCAUCACCUAAACAAACUCAAGAAAUUCUUGACUUGCAGGAUUCAAAUGUGGAAAGUAUGCCACCGUUACCACCACUGCCACCUCCGCUGCAGCCCCUGUCACAGCAGCCUCAAGGAGACAAUCCUGACAAUGAUUCAGGGAUGGGUUCCAGUGGGGCUACAGUGAGUGAUGAGGUUCAGGCGGUAGCAGAGGGGUCUAGUGGAGGAGAAGGCGUUUCAGGGUCUCAAGAAUUGGUCUGGGGAGACAUGGCAGAAGCUUGGUUCAAUACAAUUCCAGUAGGAUGGGGACCGGGAAGUCCAGUGUGGGAUGAUUUGGACACCACUAAUAAUCUUUUAUUGCAAUCACACCUUUCUUUUGGCAAUCCAAAUCAACAACAGUUCAAUGAUUCUUCUGCCGUGCAGAGACAACAGGACAACAUGGGCUCAGCUUCUUCUUCUUCCUCCUCUUCUUUUCCACUGAAGCCAUUCUUUUGGAAGGAUCAAGACUGAUAGGUCCAUCUCCAGCUGUGGAAUAUAUAGCACGGUGGUCUCUGUCUCUUUCUUGAUCUUUCUCUAUGUUUGCUAUUUUACAGUUGGUUUUUGGUCCACCCACUCAGAUUCUUUCACUGGUUGGAGAUUUUUUAGGAAACCAACCUGUGACUUUUUAACCCUGCCAUACAUUCUUAGGAGAAUUUGAUCUUCAAGCCCACCUCCUUUCAGGUUGCAGAUUUUUCAGAAACAGCCUAUGACUUCCCUCGCAGCUUCACUACUUUUUUCCUAUCAGGAUAUCCAAAGCUUCAAACCCACCUCAUUUACCUUCUUUCUUUCUUUUGUAUAACUCUUUUUAAUUGAAAAGCUACACAUUUUUUUUUCCUAGUUUUUCCUUCAAAUUCUCCCUUCACUACAUCUCCUCCGAAAGGCUGCAUAUUUACCAGGCCUUGAAAAUUUACAACAUGCUUCACAGAUCAUGCAUUUCCAUUUCUAGCAAGUUUAAGCUAUAUUUAUGUUAUGUUGGGGAUGUAGUAGCAGCAGCAGCAACGUUAGUAAAAUUAGUGCAGGACCAUCAUAGUAGGAGACAGUUUUGUGAUCUCCCUCUCAAUUGGCCUGUCUCUACCCAUAUCACAAGCUUUGUUUUUCUGCUCAAUGUAUGUUUUUCUGCUUUGUUUUUAUUAACAGCAUCCACAAACAUAGAUUAAGCAAUUUGCAUUACCAUCAUUAUUAUGUUCCAUUCUCAUUCCAUAAUUCACUUUUUCACUGCUC